CAUCGUCUUCGUCUCUCUUCCCCAACUCCGAACUCACUCUGGUUCUGGUGUCCCUCAGGUUCAAUCCCACAACCCUGAAACCCUCCUUCUUAACGUGGUCCAGCGCCGGAAAGCCAUGCAGUUACGACUGAAGCGUUCGUUGCUCCGCAGGCCCACCAGCUCCUCCUCCUCCUCCCUUCCUCUUCACCACCUCUUCCUCCCUUUCACUUACUUCCUCUUCGUCCCUUCUUAAAAAAUACACACGCCCAGCUUCCAAUCUCAGCCGUCCAUUCCCGUCCAUCAUGAGACCCAAUCAACCUCCAAACUCAAUCCUGGCCGUCCUUUCCCUGGAUCUAUUGAUCCAAAUCGUAGAUCGCCUGCUAGAUCCGUCGGACCGUAAGGCCGUCCGACUCGUUUCCCUCGCGUUUCUCCGUGCGGAGUCCCUGCAGCGGAGAACUCUUAACGUGCUCCAACGUGACGCCUUGGGCUCUCUUCUCAGGCGCUAUGGAUCCAUUGAAAGGCUUGACCUUUUUUCGUGCGCGGGGCUCGAUGACGUCGCCCUCGCGGCGUCCGUGGCUGACGGCGGGGCGCCGAUGCUGAGGCAGAUCCGGCUGCGCCGCGCCAGCGGCGUUGGGUGGCGCGGGUUGGCUGCUAUGGUGGCUGCGUGUCCUAAGCUGGAGACUGUGGACCUCUCGCAUUGCGUUGGCGUUGGGGACCGUGAGGCUGCGGCGUUGGCUGGAUUGCCGGGGCUGAAGGAGUUGAAGCUCGAUAAGUGCUUGAAGGUCACCGAUGUUGGGCUUGCGAAGGUGGCCGUGGGGUGCCCUGGGCUUGAGAGGCUUGGGAUCAAGUGGUGCCUUGAGAUCUCGGAUGUUGGGAUUGAGUUGCUGGUGAAGAAGUGCCGGGAAUUGAAGGAGUUAGAUAUCUCGUAUUUGAAGGUCACUGAUAAAUCCCUUCAAUUCAUUUCCACUCUUGGAAAACUGCAAGUUUUAUCAAUGGUGGGAUGCUAUUUUGUCACUGAUGAAGGUCUGAGAUGUCUAAACAAUGGAAACAACUCGCUGAAGGAGAUCAAUGUUUUGCGCUCUCACAAUAUUACUUCAUCAGGCUUGGUCUCAGUGAUUGAUGGACACAAAUCUCUCCAAAAACUUAAAGCCGGAGAUUGUUUUCUUGAUCUCACACCGCUUUUCUUGUCCAAAUUGGGUGGUUUGACAAAUGGCUUCCGUACGUUGAAACUCGAUGGAUCUCAAGUUUCGGUGACAAGCCUGCAGAUCAUUGGUGCCAACUGCAAGCACUUGACGAAGAUAGGGCUAGGCAAAUGUAAUGGCAUAACCGAUGAAGGUGUCUCUGAGCUUGUAUCUAGCUGUGUUGAUCUAAAUUCAAUUGAUCUGACCUGUUGUCGCGAGCUCACUGAUAACUCCCUUGUCUCAAUAGCAAAUUCUUGUAAUAAACUUGAAACUCUCUUGUUAGAAUCUUGUUCACUGAUCACCGAAAAAGGUAUCAAUCUUAUCGGGGCUUGCUGUGCCAAUCUAGAAAAGAUUGAUCUCACAGAUUGUGAUGUUUCCGACACGGCAUUGAAAGGUUUAUCCAAAUGCUCGGGGUUGAUGUUCUUGAAAUUAGGACUUUGCCAAAAUGUUUCAGAUAUAGGACUCGCUUACAUUGGAUCCGGUUGCGGGGAGCUUCGAGAACUCGAUCUUUAUCGUUGUAUUGCUGUUGGUGAUGAAGGAUUGGCUGCUCUAGUGACUGGCUGCAAGAAGAUCAAGAAGUUGAACGUGUGCUAUUGCACACAGAUAACAGACCAGGGAAUGAAACAUUUAAGCCGAUUGGAAGAGCUAAAAGAGAUUGAAAUAAGAGGCUUGACUCAAGUUACAAGUUUAGGGAUCACUGCUAUUGCUAUUGGAUGCCGGAGUCUGGCAAAACUAGACAUGAAGCACUGUGACUCUGUCGAUGACGUGGGUUUUUUGGCUCUUACUCAACACUCUGAAUUCCUCAGACAGAUGAAUAUAUCAGACUGCCGGAUUUCUGAUACAGGCCUGAGAAAGCUACUCAGUAGUCUACGGUAUCUGCAAGAUGCCAAACUAGUACAUCUCAAAUACGUAUCGAAGCAAGGGUGGGAAUUUGCGCUGAUGGCCUGCUCAGACAAACUGAAGAAGGUGAAGUUACUAAGUGAACUCCGGCACGUUGUUUCCCCAUUUGUGCUUCGUCUUCUGCAAGCUCGCGGAUGCAGGAUUCGAUGGAUUCAUAAACCGAUGCUGCUGUGAUGAUACCACAAGCCUCGAAAAUCAAGCACAAUGUUUUACUGGGAUGAUGACUGAACCUCAAUGAGAUUCCGAGUUGCAAUCCUGCAGAUGCAGCAUUCGAUACGUCGAGAUAUAAACUUCGGUGUUACCAUGAGACUUGAAAAAUGUACAGGUUUCUAUUGAGACUAAAGCAAUUGUGUAUGUUAUAAUUCUUGUGAAGUAGAGGUAUGUUUGCAAGCUUGCAAAAACAGGAUUUUAUUCAUCUCCUAGACGUGGGCUUUUGUGCAUUAAGAUUGUGUAUGAUUUUUUUA